UAUAUAUUUAUAUAUUUACAAACGCCGUAAGUGUAAGAAUGGACAUGAUUGAGUCCAUAGUCACAGAAGGCAUCGAGGUGGAAAAUUCCUGCACCGGAGUGUCAACGGUGAACACUGAAACAUCUAAAACAGAAUUCGUGUGGACUUUAACGGCUACAUGGCACUUGGUUCACGUUCGUCUGGACAUGGAGGCGGAGUUUGAUCAUCCCGUGUGUAAGAAGAAGCGUCUGUGGGAGGGCGUGGCCGAGCGAGUGACGGACAGGUUAAGAGCCGAGGGAUACGCAGACGUCCCAGCCCGAGCCUUCGAGUGCGACCUGAAGUGGAGGAACAUGUUGGCGACAUACAGGAAGAACGCGGAGCGCGUGAGACGUCUCGGAGCUCACGCCGUGCACUGGGAGUUCUUCGGGGCCAUGCACCGGGUCCUCGGCCGCAGCUACGAGGAGAUCGAGGCUCGGCGCAAAGCCGAGAUCAACAGCACCAAGCCGGGGAAAACCAUCACGAGCAAACGCUACACGCCCAUCCUGCCCACGCCCACACUGCCUAACCACGCCCCCUGCCCCGUCCCUGCCCUCACACGGCCUCCUCAGGACCUUCUGCAGCUCUACCUGGAGCUCCAGGAGCGCAAGCUGAACAUGUGGGCUCAGCAAAAAGCUCUGGAGGAGAGGAAGAUCGAAGCCAUUAACAACCUGGCGCGCGCCAUCAGCAGCCUGGCGCCGGAUUCUGUGGCCACGCCCAAAAACACCGCCGUCUCAGACUUACUCACUUCCCUUUCCUUUCAACGUUAAAGACUCAGUGUGUGUGCUGCGCGUUUUACACUCAGGUGUGUGUGUGUGUGACGGACAGACAGACGAUUCAACAUGUAAACAUCUGGAGGAAAUAUCAGCUUGUAUAAUAUUUUCUGAAUAUAUAUAUAUUUUUUUCCCAUUAAUGCCUGUUUAUUUAACAAUAAAAAAUAAAAUAAAAACACA